AUGAGUGGAAGAGGCAAAACUGGCGGCAAGGCGAGAGCGAAGGCCAAGACUCGCUCCUCCAGAGCAGGGCUGCAGUUCCCCGUCGGUCGUGUUCACAGACUUCUCCGCAAAGGGAACUACGCAGAGCGCCUGGCGGUGCGCAACGACGAGGAGCUCAACAAACUCCUGGGGUCGAGUGACCCAUCGCUCAGGGCGGCGGCGUGCUGCCCAACAUCCAGGCCGUUGCUGCUGCCCAAGAAGAGCGAGAAACCCGCCAAAACCAAGUAA